AGUGUGGGACAGACCGACGGAGGAGAGACUUCGGGAUUUAAAAACACGACUUUUUAUAAAAGUUGUGCGGAAUCAUGGAGUUAUGUCGGGUGUACUUGUUUCUCUUUUUAUUCUGUCAUCACGUCUUUAUCAGCCUCCAGUCGAAAGAACAAGUAUUGCUGGAUAUGAGAGCUUCAGGAUCAGAGUUGGGGUGGUUGACGUUGCCAUAUGAGAACGGAUGGGAGAUAGUUCAAACGGUGGUGAACGGCUCGCUAUUCUACACCUACAGUGUGUGUAGCAUUGACUCUACGGAACAGGACAACUGGUUACGCACGACAUUCAUCCAGCGGCGCCCGGGAGCCACUCGAGUCUCUGUGGAGCUCCGCUUUAUUGUGAGAGACUGCAACACCUUUGAUGGUGCUUCAGUCGCCUGCAAAGAAACCUUCAACCUUUUCAUCUCAGAGGCCGACGCUGACGUCGGAACCAACUUCCGUAAAGGCCAGUUUCGCAAAGUGGCCACCAUCGCUCCUGACGAGGUCACACGGGGUCGCGUGCUGAAGGUCAACAUGGAGACGAGGGCCAUGGGGCCUCUGUCUAGAAAGGGCUUCUACCUGGCUUUUCAGGACAUGGGCGCGUGUGUGGCUCUGCUGUCUGUCAGAGUUUACUACAAGACGUGCCCAGCCACGGUGCAGAGCUUGGCGGACUUCCCGGAGACUGUGGCGGAUUCUCUCAGGGAGGUGGAGGGAGCCUGUGUGGAGAAUGCCGUCAGCCAGGCCACCCCACGCAUCUACUGCACAGCUGAGGGAGAAUGGGUGGUUCCCGUGGGGCAGUGCCAAUGUCUCGCCGGUUAUGAAACCACCGGGGAAUCCUGCCAAGAGUGCAAACCAGGUUACUUCAAGCCAUCUGUAUCAGGCGAAUUGUGUCAAGUGUGUCCCAAUAACACAACGCCGUCCGCAGCUGGCGCCACCGACUGUCAAUGUGAGGAGGGUUUCUUCCGCUCCCCUUCAGACCCUCCUACGUCCCCCUGCUCUGCUCCACCCAGUGCCCCUCGAGACCUGACCUCCACCACCCUCUCAGCAGAGGGCAGGCUGCAUCUGUCCUGGAGCCUGCCGCUGGUGACCGGGGGCCGCAGGGACCUCACCUACAGUGUGGAGUGCAAACACUGCGAGGGGGCCGUGUGUGUCCCAUGUGGCGAGAAGAUCCGCUUCGAGACGGGUCCGACAGACCUGCAGGACACUGAGGUUGUGAUUAGUGACCUGGACUCUCAUCUGAACUACACCUUCAUCGUGGAGACUCACAGCGGCGUGUCCCAGUUCGGUAUGGAGAGGCCCAUCGCCAGCAUCACCACCGCUCUGGACUACAACGAUCCCCCCAAGGUGACGUUGAUCCAUCUGGAUGAUCGCAGCCCUACCAGUCUGUCUCUGUCCUGGACUCUGUCUCGCAGGGCUCCAGCCCACAUCAAUCACCGCUACGAGCUCAUGUACCGCAGAAAAGAUGAUGAGGGCGAGCGUGAUGUGACCACCUACACAGUCCUGAUUUUGGAGAAAAGUUCCGUUUUGAUCAGUGACCUCACCCCAGACACUACGUACAUGUUCAGGGUCCAGGCACUGAGGCCUGGACCUCAGUCCUCAGAAGGAAACCCCGGCAGCUACAGUGUGGAGCACGAGUUCCCUACUUUACCUCUAGCCGAGUCUCUGACCCAGAACAGCUCCACCAUGGUGAUGGGAGCAGUCGUUGGCGUCGCGGUUAUUCUGCUCGUUGUGGUGGCCGUCCUGCUGCUGCGUAAACGGAGAAUGAACUCUCGUGGCAGGGGAGGACCUGAAGAUCCUUACUUCUCAACAGAUCAACUGAAGCCUCUGAAGACAUACGUUGAUCCACACAUGUAUGAGGACCCUAACAUUGCCAUCGCGAAGUUUGUCACAGAAAUUGACCCCAGUGCCAUUAGCAAACAGAAAGUCAUCGGUGUUGGAGAGUUCGGGGAAGUGUUUUGGGGCGUAAUGAAGACUCCUGGGCGAGGGGAGGUGCCCGUCGCGAUCAAGACCCUGAAGCCGGGAUACUCUGAGAAACAAAGGCAGGACUUCUUGAGCGAGGCCAGCAUCAUGGGUCAGUUCUCGCACCCCAAUAUCAUCCGCCUGGAGGGAGUCGUCACCAAAUUCAAGCACUUAAUGAUAGUGACCGAAUACAUGGAGAACGGAGCCCUCGACACAUAUCUGAAGGACAGAGAUGGGGAGAUUCAUUCAUAUCAGCUGGUGGGGAUGCUGCGGGGAAUAGCUGCUGGCAUGAAAUACCUCGCCGACAUGAACUACGUCCACCGUGACCUGGCAGCGAGAAACUGUCUGGUUAACAGCCUCCUGGAGUGCAAAGUCUCUGAUUUUGGGCUGUCACGUGUGCUGGAGGAUGAUGCUGAGGGCACUUACACAACCAGGGGAGGUAAAAUCCCCAUUCGCUGGACGGCCCCUGAGGCCAUCGCUUACAGGAAAUUCACUUCAGCUAGCGACGUGUGGAGCUUCGGCAUUGUUAUGUGGGAAGUCAUGGCAUUUGGAGAACGGCCCUACUGGGACAUGAGCAACCAUGAGGUCAUGAAGGCUAUCAACGAGGCGUUCAGGCUUCCUGCUCCAAUGGACUGCCCCUCCGCUAUCUACCAGCUCAUGCUCCAGUGUUGGCAGAACGACCGCUCCAAACGGCCUCGCUUCACUGACGCUGUCACCAUGUUGGACAAACUGCUCCGGUGCCCAGAGUCUCUGAAAACCAUCGCUGACUUUGAUCCACGCGUGUCCAUCCGCCUGCCCAGCACCAGCGGCUGUGACGGCACCACCUUCAGGUCGGUGGCCGAGUGGCUGGAGUCCAUCAAGAUGAACCAGUACAACGAAAGCUUCGCUCGUGCGGGGAUCACGACCAUGGAGCAGGUGCUCGCAUUGAGGCAUGAAGACAUCAGGAACAUUGGAGUGCGGUUGCCCGGUCACAUGAAGAGGAUAGCGUACAGCAUCCUGGGUCUGAAAGACGAGACCAGCUCGCUCAGCGUGUUUACAGUGUGAUCUAAAGCAUUCCUCCAAAUCAAAGUGCACUGACCGACCACGCCAUUUCACUCACGGACAGGGAGGACUGAAGGGGGGGUGAAACUGAGCUACACUGCAGGGUUUUUUUUAGUGUGGCGCGACUGAAGAGGAGCCUCUACGCCACUCAGAAAGGACUUAGCUCCAAAACACUUAUGUACUUUAUAAUAACAGAAGACAAUUAAUUUAUCUUUAUGUAAAAAAAAUGUUUUAUAUGUUGAAAAUGAACACGUGAUGAAAUUUUGUAAUUAAAACAAUUAUAAAAGUAAAUGCUAAAUGUGAGAAAACGUGAGAUUGCUUGGUCUGUUUUUACUGAAUGACUGAAAUAUUUUAUGUUGUUUAUUAUUAUGGGCAUUCUCUUCCAAGCACUCACUUUAUCCUGCCAGAGUUUCUGGAUCCUUAUAUUUGUUUGUUUUUCUACAUUUCCAUUCAUGAUCAAUGAGACUUACUUAAAAAAAGUCAACUCAGGGCAAAUUAUCACACAUUCUGUAGUUAGUCUGUGUCAUACGAUGCAUUUUCCUCAGUCUUUUGUUUGUUUACAUUGUGUCUUAAACGAACUGUUCAUUUUUAUUUAAUAUUUAUUUUAUUUUGUAUUUAUGUCAUUUGUUACAUGAGAAAUAACUCUGAUCUGGCGCAUAUUUGCCAGGUGUUGUGUUUUUGUGAUUUUCAAUAAAAUCCGUGUUUCCUUGUGACUGGAUCACUAUCUGUA